CGGCCCGGCUCGGAGGCGGCAUCGGCGGCCUGGGGUUGGGCUGGUUGGCGGAGCCCGCUGCGGAGAUGGCCAACAUCGCGGUGCAGAGGAUUAAGCGGGAGUUCAAGGAGGUGCUGAAGAGCGAGGAGACGAGCAAAAAUCAGAUUAAAGUAGAUCUUGUAGAUGAGAAUUUUACAGAACUAAGAGGCGAAAUAGCAGGACCUCCGGACACACCAUAUGAAGGAGGAAGAUAUCAACUAGAAAUAAAAAUUCCAGAAACGUAUCCAUUUAAUCCUCCUAAGGUGCGGUUUAUCACCAAAAUAUGGCAUCCUAAUAUUAGCUCAGUCACUGGGGCCAUAUGCUUGGAUAUCCUAAAAGAUCAAUGGGCAGCAGCGAUGACUCUAAGGACAGUGUUGUUAUCACUCCAGGCGCUCUUGGCAGCUGCGGAACCUGAUGACCCCCAAGAUGCAGUUGUAGCAAAUCAGUACAAACAAAAUCCAGAAAUGUUUAAACAGACAGCUCGACUUUGGGCGCACGUGUAUGCUGGAGCACCAGUUUCUAGUCCAGAAUACACCAAAAAGAUAGAAAACCUUUGUGCGAUGGGCUUCGAUAGGAAUGCAGUAAUAGUGGCCUUGUCAUCAAAAUCAUGGGAUGUAGAGACAGCAACAGAACUACUUCUGAGUAACUGAGCCAUGUGCAGAGAACUGCUUCCGUAGUCCAGCUUACCUUUUCUCGAGGAGCAGCACCAUCUCUUAUUUUUAGGUUUCUAUAUAGAUUCUCUUUUAAAAAUGGCAUUCUCGCCUGAUGCUAUCUAGGCACUAUCGGAGACUGAAAAAACAACAACACAUGCUCUGUAAAUAAAGCUAAUUAAACGUCUGUGUAAAUUUAAAAAAAA